GGGAAGAUAAUAUUGGACGGACCACGAGGCAUUUAUUUUGCAGAUGAUCGCAGAAACACUGAUCAAUCGAUGUUGCUUUGCGCAGCUUCCCACCUCCGUGUUUGACAUGUAGCUAGCAGUCCAAUUCGUGUCAUGUGCGACUGUGGAAAAUAACACGGUUGGGUGCUUUGUUUCUUCUGUUUUAUAAAUCGUCUCAAAAAUGUUUUCGUCUACGUGGAAUUUUCUGAAGCGCCACAAAAGGAAAUUUAUUUUCGCUGGAGCUUUUGUCGGAGGUGUGUACUUUCUUGGUAAAUAUGCUCAAAAGAAAAUCCGAGAGAUGCAGGAGCGUGAGGCAUCAGAGUACAUCGCUCAAGCCCGACGUCAGUUCCACUUCGAGAGUAACCAGAGAACGUGCAACAUGACAGUGUUGUCAAUGCUCCCUACAUUAAGAGAAGCCAUUUUACAUCAUCUAAACUCUGAGAGCCUCACUACACUGCUGAAGAGCAAACCAGCAAAUAAACUUGACAUAUGGGAGGACCUGAAGAUUAUUAGUUUCACCCGAAGUGUUGUGGCUGUGUACAGUACAUGCAUGUUGGUUGUUUUACUCCGUGUCCAGCUCAAUAUCAUUGGUGGCUACUUAUACUUGGACAACUCUGUCAGCAAGAGUGGCAUGAUGCCCUUGGCCCCUCCAGAUGUGCAACAACAAUACCUCUCCAGCAUCCAGCACCUCCUUGGGGAUGGGUUGAGUGAGAUGAUAACAGCAGUUAAGAAAGCUGUGCAGAACACAUUGGGCGGGGUGUCCCUGAAGCAGAGUCUGUCCCUUCAGGAGCUGGAGCAGCACCUUAACCAGAUCAGAGCCCAGGUGGAGGAGGGAGACGGCUCCACACACAGACCUCUCUCCUGGUACAUGAUGCCUGACGAGGAGAACACUCUGGCUGCACAGGCCUGUGGUCUGACGGAGAAUGAUGUCACUACGAUAAAGCUGCUCAAUGAGACCAGAGACAUGCUUGAAAGCCCGGACUUCGGAACUGUACUCAACACCUGCCUGAACAGGGGCUUCAACCGUUUCCUUGACAACAUGGCAGAGUUUUUCCGGCCCCCACCCGGAGCACAAGGAGACUCCACCCCAAUCACUACACCUGAUAGUCUCUCGCAUGUAAGUCUCCCAGUUGCCAAAAUCAUCCCCAUUGUGAAUGGACAGAUCCACUCCAUCUGCAGUGAAAUACCAAGUCACUUUGUACAGGAUCUCCUGAUGAUAGACCAAGUGAAGGAGUUUGCUGCCAAUGUGUAUGAGACAUUCAGCACAUCCCAUGAACUGCAGAAAUAAGGGAGUUGACAUAUUCCUGGUAGACCUGGCCUGCUCUUCCUGCUCUGUAUCUUUGCAUGACGCUGCCUGCUGUGGACAUCACGAAUGGAGGAAGAAAUGCUCUUAUUCGCUGUACCAUGUCAGAAUACUUGAGGACUGUUCCAUUGUGGAAUGUAAUGCCAUGAACUGCCGCCUACUCCAGCUGUAGACCUCAAGGUGAGAUACCCACUUCAUCUUGGGAAGUUGAGUUUUGGGCUCACGGUUUAUGAAGUCAGCCAGCCAGACUCCUCUGAAUCAAAGUAACUUUCCUGUGUCAUGAAAAAUAAAUAAAAUCCUGAAAGCCUGGUCCCACUUUACGUAGACGUUGUUUCGAUACAUUAACCAUAAGUUGAACUACUGUUGCUUUGAGUUUGAACUAUUUUCUCCUUUCUAUUACUGUUGUUGAAGAGUCAACCCUUACCUUCCAUUUUGACCUUUAAUCUACCAUUAUCAACAGUGCUGUGUCAUCAAGGCUGCAAGUUCUCAUUACACCUCAGUCUAAUUCCUGUUUAACAAUGUUCAGUAUUGUCUAAUACAUAAUUCUGCACUUUUUAUGUUUUUUCUUCUUUGGAAAUGUAAUCUUUAAGGUUUGUUUUCUUAAAUCAUGGAAAUUGGGAAAUUUCAGAGGUGAGAAUGUAGGCCUAUGUAUUAUAUAUUUUGUAACAUAACAUUCUAAAUGACAACAGAAAAUGUAAGUACUGUAGUGUUGACAUUGAAAAUUAUAAACACAUGAUUUAAUAUA